AUGCUUCUCUUUGUAGCUUUGUCCUGUUUAUUUGUAUUUUUUUUAUCCACUUUUAUUUUAGUUUAUUUUCUUUCAUUUUCCUUCUGUUCGUAUAUUUCAAUUAUUUUCUUUGUCUUUGCCUCCCUUUUUAUUUUUUUUAUUUUUGUUCGCUGCUGCUCACAGAAUUCCCUCACUUUUUUUUCUUUUGUUUCUCCAUUCAUUUUCGACAUCUUUCUUUCUUUUCCUCUUUUUAUCCUAUUGUUUUUUUUUUGUAGUUUUUAUUCAUUUUCUUCAACCUUGUUCAUUUUCUUAACUUGUAAAAUCUUCGUUCGUCCUCUUUCAUUCCUUUCGCCUCUCUUUCCUAUUUUAUUUUCCUUCUUGCUUAUUUUUAUUUGUAGUUUUCAUCCAUUCCCUCAAAAUUUAUUCAUUUUUUUUUUCCUAAUUCAUUUUCUUCGUCCUGGAUCGUUUUCUUCUCAUUUUCGUAUAUUUUAUUUAUAUACAUUUUGCAAGUGUUUUUUUUUUUUAAUUUUCAUUUAUUUUCUUCUCUUUUCCUACUUUAUUUUUUUUUUAAUUUUCAUUCAUUGUCUUCUCUUUAGAUCCUUUUUCCCGCGUUUAUUCUUCAUUUUCUUCUUUCUUUUUUCUUCUGUUUUUCCCUUAGUUCCUUCAUUUCUUCCUAAUUUUUAUAGUUUUCAUUCUUUUUCUUCUUUGUUUUUUUCCUUCUUUUUUUCUAUUUCAAGUUAUUUUUUCAUUCAUUUUCUUUUUCGUAGUUCUUUCACCUUUUCCGAAUUUUUAUACUUUCCUUUCCCUUCUUUAUUUUUUCCUCCUGUUUUUCUCUUUCAAAUUUUCAUUCAUUUUCUUCAACUUUGUAUUUUUCCAUACAUUUUCAAAUUUUAUUUGUCGUUUUCAUUCAUUUACUUCUUCAUCUUUUAUUUCCCUUCAUUUUUUCCUAUUUUAUUUGUUGAUUUUUUAAAAAAAUUUCUUCCUAUUCGUUUAUUUCUUUCUUUCCAUUUUUUCCUUUUACAUUCUUACAUCCUUGCUAUUUUAACAUUGAAGUAUUUUGUAUUUCUUACAUUUCCACAGCCACAUAUGCUUUUCCUUUUUGCUUUUGUCUAUAUUAUUUUCAUCACCCGAUUUUCCUCCAGUGCUGCAUUAUUUCCAUCCUGUAUUCCAAAGUUGUUUUCUUUUUAUCCAUCCUUUUUUUUUUGCUUUCAAAUUAAAGUUUCUUCUUCUUCACAACUUGUUUUUCUUCACAACUUCUUCUUCUUCCCAACUUCUUCUUCUUCACAACUUCUUCUUCUUCUUCCCAACUUCUUCUUCUUCACAACUUCUUCUUCUUCACAACUUCUGCUUCUUUCACAAUUUCUUCUUCUUCCCAACUUCUUCUUCUUCACAACUUCUUCUUCUUCACAACUUCUUCUUCUUCAACUUCUUCUUCUUCACAACUUCUUUUUCACAACUUCUUCUUUCGUCCCAACUUCUUCUUCUUCAAUUUCUUCUUCUUCCCAACUUCUUCUUCUUCACAACUUCUUCUUCUUCACAACUUCUUCUUCUUCACAACUUCUUCUUCUUCUUCUUCCAACUUCUUCUUCUUCCCAACUUCUUCUUCUUCACAACUUCUUCUUCUUCACAACUUCUUCUUCUUCCCAACUUCUUCUUCUUUCUUCUUCUUCUUCAACUUCUUUCUUCUUCACAACUUCUUCUUCUUCACAACUUCUUCUUCUUCACAACUUCUUCUUCUUCUUCUUCAACUUCUUCUUCUUCACAACUUCUUUCAACUUCUUCUUCUUCACAACUUCUUCUUCUUCACAACUUCUUCCCAACUUCUUCUUCUUCCAACUUCUUCUUCUUCUUCUUCUUCCCAACUUCUUCUUCUUCACAACUUCUUCUUCUUCACAACUUCUUCUUCUUCCCAACUUCUUCUUCUUCCAACUUCUUCUUCUUCACAACUUCUUCUUCUUCACAACCAAAUUUCUUCUUCCCAACUUUUCUUCUUCCCAACUUAUUCUUCUUCUUCAACUUCACAACUUCUUCUUCACAACUUCUUCUUCUUCCCAACUUCUUUCUUCUUCCAACUUCUUCUUUCUUCUUCUUCACAACUUCUUCUUCCACAACUUCUUCUUCACAACUUCUUCUUCUUCCCAACAACUUCUUUUCUCUUCUUCCCAACUUCUUCUUCUUCAACUUCUUCUUCCCAACUUCUUCUUCUUCACAACUUCUUCUUCUUCACAACUUCUUCUUCCCAACCUCUUCUUUCUUCACAACUUCUUCUUCUUCUUCACAACUUCUUCUUCUUCCCAACUUCUUCUUCUUCACAACUUCUUCUUCUUUCUUCUUUCCAACUUCUUCUUCUUCCCAACUUCUUCUUCAAAACUUCUUCUUCUUCCCAACUUCUUCUUCUUCACAACUUCUUCUUCUUCACAACUUCUUCUUCUUCCCAACUUCUUCUUCACAACUUCUUCUUCUUCACAACUUCUUCUUCUUCACAACUUCUUCUUCUUCACAACUACUUCUUCACUUCUUCUUCUUCUUCCCAACUUCUUCUUCUUCCCAACUUCUUCUUCACAACUUCUUCUUCUUCACAACUUCUGCUUCUUCACAACUUCUUCUUCUUCACAACUUCUUCUUCUUCACAACUUCUUCUUCACAACUUCUUCUUCUUCACAACUUCUUCUUCUUCACAACUUCUUCUUCUUCCCAACUUCUUCUUCUUCACAACUACUUCUUCACAACUUCUUCUUCUUCCCAACUUCUUCUUCUUCACAAUUUCUUCUUCUUCACACUUCAACUUCUUCUUCUUCUUCCACAACUUCUUCUUCUUCACAACUUCUUCUUCUUCCCAACUUCUUCUUCCCAACUUCUUCUUCUUCACAACUUCUUCUUCUUCACAACUUCUUCUUCUUCACAACUUCUUCUUCUUCACAACUUCUUCUUCCCAACUUCUUCUUCUUCACAACUUCUGCUUCUUCACAACUUCUUCUUCUUCACAACUUCUUCUUCUUCACAACUUCUUCUUCUUCACAACUUCUUCUUCUUCACAACUUCUUCUUCUUCACAACUUCUUCUUCUUCACAACUUCUUCUUCACAACUUCUUCUUCUUCCCAACUUCUUCUUCUUCACAACUUCUUCUUCUUCACAACUUCUUCAACUUCUUCACAACUUCUUCUUCUUCACAACUUCUUCUUCUUCCCAAACUUCUUCUUCCCAACUUCUUCUUCUUCACAACUUCUGCUUCUUCACAACUUCUUCUUCUUCACAACUUCUUCUUCUUCACAACUUCUUCUUCACAACUUCUUCUUCUUCACAACUACUUCUUCACAACUUCUUCUUCUUCCCAACUUCUUCUUCUUCACAACUUCUUCUUCUUCCCAACUUCUUCUUCUUCACAACUUCUUCUUCUUCACAACUUCUUCUUCACAACUACUUCUUCACAACUUCUUCUUCUUCCCAACUUCUUCUUCUUCACAACUUCUUCUUCUUCACAACUUCUUCUUCUUCCCAACUUCUUCUUCUUCACAACUUCUUCUUCUUCACAACUACUUCUUCACAACUUCAUCUUCAAAACUUCUUCACAACUUCUUCAUAAUUUCUACUUCUUCUUCGCAACUUCUGUUUUACAAUUUUUUCUUCACAAUUUUUCUUCUUCUUCUUCUUCUUCUUCUUCUUCUUCACAGCUUCUUAUCCUUUAUAAUGGCUAUCUAUCUAUCUAUCUAUCUAUCUAUCUAUCUAUCUAUCUAUCUAUCUAUCUAUCUAGAUAG